AUGUAGGUUGGAACUUAAAGUAGAAGUAGUGAUGGGAGGAACAGUGACGGAGGUCAACUUGCUCGAGCCUCUUCCUUCCUCGCCGUGACUCUCACCGCUGUGAUCAUGUUCAGGGCAUGUGGUUUAUCUUGAAAAUUGACAAAUGGGGACUUGUUUCCCAAAGCAUCAUAUUUCCUUUGCUAAAAAAUCCUAGGACAGCUGGAGAUGAUUCAACAAGGUAUAGAUUCUAAAUUUGUGAUUAUAGUUUGGGCAAUUGUAAAAUGGACUUGCCUAAUCGUGAUAAACAACUGACUGUUGCUGUGAAGAAGACAGCAUUGAGAGAUCUGCAGAACGAUAAUAAAAUGAUUGUGCCAACCUCUGUUGGAAGCUCUUCAUUUUUAAAGGAUAAGGAUCCUGGUACUGAUUCUAAUAGAGUUUCUGGCACCAAGAGACCUUUGUCUGACUACCCAGUAAACCACCAUCUCCAACAAUCUCCAAGCAAUAAUGCUGCAAAUGGACAUCUUGUGUAUGUUCGUAGAAAAUCAGAAGCAGAAUUGGGCAAGGGCACUGCUUUUGAAAAUCCAAGUAUAAAUGCUUUUUGUCCACAUUCGAGGCAACUUUGUUGUGAAGAGGAGACUGCUCAACCAAAACCUCAGCCAAAGGAGACACCUAAGAUAAAGGAACCAAAGGUUUCUUGUUUCCCAGCAUUUGCACCUUUUCCUAUGUCUUCUUCAAUAAACUCAUCUGGAAAGCCUUCAGUUCCUAUUUCUCUAGGGAAAUCUGCCAUCAAGUUAGCACCAGUUGAGUCCAAUUAUGUGACAGCUUCUUCUGGCCCUAGCACUACUAGCAUUGGUAAUCCAAAGGGAUUAAAAAAUUACUGGGAGGAGCGAUACCAACAAUUGCAGAUGUUUUUGAGGAAAUUGGACCAAUCAGACCAAGAGGAAUAUAUCCAAAUGCUUCGCUCCCUGUCUUCAGUUGAACUUAGCAAACAUGCUGUUGAGUUAGAAAAGAGAUCCAUUCAGCUUUCAUUAGAGGAAGCUAAAGAAUUACAGCGUGUUGCUGCUCUAAACGUCUUGGGUAAAACAAUGAAGAACUUCAAAGCGCCAGCAGAUCAUGAUGAAUGUUCAGACAAGUUGAAGACAUCAUUAUGAUCUUCCCCAUUUGGGCUGCAGUGGAAAAUUUCUGAUUGUUAAUUUUGCUUAGUGUUUAUGCUGAUUGUUUUAUAAUCCUCUGGUUGUCCAGUUGACUAAGAAAGUAUGUAGCACCUCCUUGUUCAUGAAAAUCAAAAGCGGGGAUUUAUUGCCACUUA